GCCGAACACGGGAGGACUACAUUACCCAGCCUGCAUUGUGCUCGCAUUCACGUGACCCUCCCGGCUCCUUGUUGGAUCCUUACUAGCCAGAUGGAAAAUGGCAGGACUGAGCCCCGGGGAUCGCUGGGCCGAAGCAUUAAUUGAUGAGCUGAGAAGAAAUCCACGUCCAUCGGAGGAACUAAGAAACAAUUUUGAUUGCUGUGGCUGUAGUGACUGUAUGAGAAUGAAAAAGGAACGUAUGUGUGACAAUGGAAGAAGCCAGUCAACAUUUGGGGAAGGCAGUAUGACCUACACCAAAGAACAGUUACUUGGAGUUCAAAGAAUAAAGGAGAGUAAGAAUUACUAUGAAAUUCUAGGCGUAGGAAGAGAUGCAAAAGAUGAAGAACUAAAGAAAGCUUACCGAAAACUUGCCCUUAAAUUUCAUCCUGACAAGAAUUGUGCUCCAGGAGCAACGGAUGCAUUCAAAGCAAUUGGCACAGCUUUUGCAGUUUUGAGCAACCCUGAAAAGAGAUCACAGUAUGAUCAGUUUGGAGAUAAGGAAGAUACUUUUUAUACCAAUGUGCCCAACUGCUAUAACUAUUACAGAGAAUUUGAAGCGGAUAUAACACCGGAAGAAAUAUUUAAUAUGUUUUUCGGAGGGAAUUUCCCAACAGGAAAUAUACAUAUGUUUUCCAAUUCUUCAAUGGACCCUCCAUGUUAUCCACAGCGGAACAGACAUGAGAGGACAUGGACCCAGGAUGAAGAGGAGGAAGAAAUUAGACCACAGAAUACAUACUCAGCAUUUAUCCACUUACUACCAGUCUUUAUUAUAAUAGCUGUAUCAAUAGUAACUCAGCUGAUGGCUACUAAUCCACCCUACAGCCUCUUCUUUAAAUCGUCUCUAGGGCACACUGUUAUUAGAGAAACACAAAAUCUGCAGGUGCCUUAUUAUGUGGAUAACCACUUUGAAAAUAAUUAUCAUGGAGAAGAACUUGAAGAACUUGAGAAACAUAUUGAGAAAGAUUAUAUUGAUUAUGUCCAAACUAGUUGUAGGAAAGAAAAACAACAAAAAUCAGAGUUAUCUAAUUUGGCCAAGCUAUACCGAGAUGAGCGACUGAAACAGAAAGCUGAAUCCAUAAAACUUGAGAACUGUGAAAAGCUCUCCAACCUUAUAGAGAUUCAAAGGAGUCGCCAGUUGGCAGAGGCAUGAGAGAACAACGCUGUCUGUUCUGUUGGCAGAAAUUUCCAUUAGACUCUCUUUUAUGAUGAAGAGGAAAGGCAUAGAGAGAAAAAAGCAUCCCACACGAACCACACACAGAAUCAUUAUAUUCAUGGAAACUGUAUAUGGACUGAGACAGAAGCAGCACUUGCUGUAGUGUACACAGUACAUUUCGUUUCAGGGUCCAGUAGUUUUUCAGUGUUCGUGAUUCUUCGUUUAUCUUCAUUUUGUUACAUUCUUCAUGUGAUACUUUGCCACUGUUUAAGUGCCAAGUAGGUGCUUUGCAGGAUCAUAGCCAUCAUGCUUAACUGAGCCUAUGGUUUCUCAACUUUUACCUUGCAAGACAUCAUAGAAGAGAAAAAGAUGGUGUUUCAUUUAUGUAUGUAUACACGCACAGUGCGAAUAGAUAUAUAUGCUGUACAAAACGUGCAGUUCAGUUUCAAGAGAACUUUACAGACCAGUGUCUUAAGGAUAUACUGACGUCGCAAUACAUAAAGCACUUGGAAAACCUAAAGUGCUGCAUGGAGAUUCAUUAUCUAAAAACAAUAUGAAAAAAUGGGGACAGAAGACAAAGCAGGAACUGGAGCAAUAAUACUUUAUUUGGCCAAUGGAUGAAGAUGGAUUGGUAUUCCUGUUGCCAGAUGAGAUUGUACACAAAGAAAGAAAACAGUCUUAGGUCUCUAGAGCAUGAUAUAAUGUACUCUGAGAAGCCAAAUCAGGUGGCCUCACGGAUGUCAGAAUGUGAGUUAGGUUCCAAACUUUGGCCUUGAGGAAAGUUCUAGGCAGACAAAUGGAAUUUAUUUCCAUGUAAGUAAUACAGCAUUGUGACCUAAGUUACAUUUCUGUAAGCCUAAACUUUGCUAUCAGAGCAACUUAGUCUGGUUCUUUCCAGGUGUGUUGAGAUUGAACACAUCAUUUGUUUCCCAAGCUCUGAAUGUGUGUGGAGGUGCCAUCUAAGGAAUAUGUUAUCAUAGUAUGGUGCUGGCAUUGUGUGUGCUGAAUGUUUUGUUUGGAAGGGCCUGCUAAGAUCCAAUACACAAAUUUUGGUCAAUUUGUUUGUAAAGGCCUUUUCACUGAACAACAUAAGCAAAAUGGUUGUAGCUCCAGCUACUUUCAAAUGAGGGUUGCAGCUGAAGCUUUAUGUUCCUUCAAUUAAUAUUGCUUGAUUACAAAGUCGAGAGAUAAAAUCCAUACUUUUUGUAGGGUCUGUUGGCAGGAAACAUUUGGCAUAACUUUAUUCUACAAAUAUUAAUGGGUAGCCUUUUCCAUUGGGCUAUGAUAGAACAGCAGCUACAGUGUUUGCUUCUUGUUCCUUUGUAAAACUUCUGAAUACAGGGUCGUAAAUAAUUCCCAACCAAAAGAAAAUGUAUAAUAAUCCUGUGAAAUGAUAGCUUUGAAAAAUAGCAUUAUAUCAGGCAAUCAUGAGAUUAAAGAUUUUAAUCAUUAGAUGAAAGGAGAUAAAUGUGGCCUAAUCCUGUGCUACAUUGUAACAUGAUGAAUAAUCAUAAUUACUAGGUAUGCUUAAAGAAUUUGCUCUAUCACUUUAAAAUCCAUUGUUUAUCUUUACUGUUCCUCUCACAAUUCACUUGACCCCACACAUCCCAGUGUUGCAUCCUUGCUGAAAGGUGCAGGCUUAUACAUAGAAAUAUUCUUAAGACGCCUUUCAGGACUAAAUAGUUCUCAUAGAUGAUAUCUGAUAUUAAAAUUUAUUUUGAAAGACUUCAACUGUGUUUUACAAACAUUUAUAUUGCAAAUUGCAGGAAAACCAAACUUCUGGAUUUUGAUAGCCAAAAUUAACUCUGUAUUUUGUCAUCAGCCCAUUUGACAAUAUGUCAAUCUAUAGCAGAUUUUUGCAUAAACUGGUUCAGCCUUUGUGAAAGUUUCUUUUUAAAUGUUCCUCAGAUAUGCAUGAGUUCUGAAAAAAUUCUCAUUUAUUUUCACCUCAAUUUGUUUAUUAUUUAAAUGUUUUAAGUUAUUGGUGAUAUUUAUUUCUCUGAAUGUACAUAUAUAUUGGCAAAAUGGUGAUUACAUGAUAGCAUUGAAUCAUUACUGUAUAGUUCACUUUUUUCAGAAAAUAUUUAGAUGUGUAACAUUCCAGAGGAUUAAUAAAUAAGAUGCUUUCCUUAUGUAAAGAAAAACACUUUGUCAGAGCAAUUUGUGAGUUUGAAGUAAACAGUUCUCCAUUAAUUUGACCACACUCUUCAAUAAUUUCAGUGCAUCUUGCUGUUGAAGAUUUCACCCUUGGAUUGAGAAACAAAAUUUUGUGUGUUUGUGGUGUGUGUGUUUUAUACACAAAUCAUUAAAUGUAAUGCUUUAAAAAGAAACCUAGUGGCUGUAUUGUAUGAAAAUUUUAAAAAAAUGAAAUAAAAAA